AUCACACUGCACAGUUUAUAUAAUACAUACCUGACCUAAUGUAUACAGAUGUAAGCCAUGUCAUAGUAGGGAUAACUUAGCCCCACCUUCUCCCCUUUUCUCUUAGCUUCAGCCACGGACUCAGCCAUAAUUCGGCCACGUUUGGAGACCUCCUAACUAGGGGGCCGGGGGGCAGGGGGCCUUGACUUUUUUUUAACAAGCGCCUUACUUAUGUGCUAUAUUGUACAAGUGUCAGAGGCCUAAACAACUGUUAGCCAAUCAUCCUCAAACAUCCCCAGAUCCUCCCCAAUUAUUUCCCAUUAUUUCGUUAUGCCUGGUGGCUCUUCAGCCCCGUUGGCCUCUCAUGGCUGAGUCUUGAGGCCUGAUGUCGUGUCACUUGAAUUCCCGAACCAUUCUUGGCCAGAUUCACUCAUUAUCUGCGAAGGCAAAGGGUUUGAUUCUCUUGGUUCUCUUGAUUCUGUUAGACUUGUCAGACUGUCAGACUGUUGGACCAACUGGUUCAUAAAAGCAUUGAUCCAGUCCCCGACGUCUGCUUAACAAUAUGUUUGUCUAGUUCUCUUGUUUUAUUUUCCAACGUUGCGCUCUUUGUCUAAGAAGACCCUUACCUUCAUUUGAACUUAAAUACGACGUACGAUUUAUACUAGGUGCGCUACUCAAGGUAGCAAGGUAGCUCGGGAACAAUGCCAUUCAUUCCAAACACUCCCGAGUCCCUAUUGGGUCGCUCCGACUCCAAGAAUCCGGCUACAACAUGUCGAGGUGUUACUUCGGGUGGUCGUCCCUGUCGACGACCAUUGAAUUCUUCUCCGGACUCGUCACCAGCUCCCGCUCCGCCUAAAAUCAAAGGCCUACGUGCCAACGACCCCCGAAAUCCCGACCUUUAUUGCUGGCAGCAUAAAGAUCAGGCAGCCUUAUCCUCGCACUCUAGUCCGGGACCAAGGACGAAUAUGCCAUCUAUUCACGAAUCAGGUCGUCAAAGCUUAGAGAGUCUCGUUAACCGUCUAGGCAUAGUCGACUCGUAUAAGCAUGGUAAAAGGCCAACACACAAUCCUUACGGGGAAAAAAUAACACAUCCACCAACACAACCUAGGACAAAGCAAUCAAGUUUCUGUUGCUGUUUCACAAUCACCGAAGUAGUAGAAGAGGAGGAACUUCCACCACGGCCACAGCCUAGACCAUUACAAACCGCACCUGCGAAACCCGUAUCCUCUAAGCCUCAUAGCCAGCAUCUCGCACCUCCUUCUGCGCAGUCACGACCAAGUGGCGAUUCUCUGAGGCCGCAUUCCAACCAUUCCGGAACCUCACAAACUUCACAAUACUUAUCCUUAAUCCCGGCGACGGCAUCACCGCAAACGGCUUCGCAGCUCAUGGCAGAGCUGGCCAAACCCAUCUCCCAGCAAGAUGAACCCGGUUAUAUCUACAUCUUUUGGCUGACGCCCGAAUCCAAACCGGCAGCCCCUCCAGCCGAGGCCGCCAAAUCCCUCCUAACGCCACCUCGUCCGGACGGACGCCAACGACGACCGAGCGACGUGAUGGAGUCUUACGCUGUUAAGGGGAGCAAGACCGGAUCGUCCAAGAAAAUUCUCUUGAAAAUUGGCAGGGCAAACAACGUCCAGCGACGCUUAAACGAAUGGACGCGCCAAUGUGGUUAUAACAUUUCGCUCAUCCGGUAUUAUCCCUACGUUUCCUCGAGUGAGCCGACAGAGCCCCGGAAGAUGCCCCACAGCCAUAAAGUCGAGCGCUUAGUGCAUCUCGAACUUGCGGGAGCUGGUCUUCGAGUAAGCGACAAAGCCAACUGUGAAGCAUGCGGCAAAGCUCACAAAGAGUGGUUCGAGAUCGAUGCGAGCAGGAAAGGUAUCGAAAUGGUCGACGAGGUGGUCAAGCGCUGGAGCGACUGGGACGAAGCCCACCCAUGAUCAGUCAAACGUCCGGUUUGAGCAGCUUCGACGGUACUAAAAGAUGAUAAAAAAAAGAUGCUGGGCCGCAUCAUUUUUCGGAUAUGACAGACACUACUGCCAGAUGGGAUGUAUGCUUUAGGUAGGUGUAAAGAGGACCCUGGUGCAUCUAACAUAGUAGAUGGGAUGUAACCAACAUUUGCCUAAUACGGCAGUUCGACCGUGAGUCGUGUGCUCUGUGCAACUGCGUCCCUUACAUCCCACGGGUUACUAUCGCAUCUUGCACCACGAUGCUCUAUAGGCAUAGGUAAUCUCCGACUCACUCUUCCGUCUCCACGCGGAUCACGGAAAAUAUAGUCUAUCGGACGGUUUGGGUCACCUCAUCGCGGUCAAUUUACUUUAGUUUUGAGACAUGCUCUGUGGAGCCAACAGGAACAUCGACAUUCGUGAUCUAAUGCCGUUGACGCUUUGAUGCAGUGAUACCCGAAAUUUCCAUCUUUAAACAUUGUGCGCCACUUAUUGAUAUUAUAGGUUAGGUUAGGCACUUACUUAAAAUAUGACGAUUUUAUGAUGAGAUCGAUUCGGAUCUCCGUUGCACGCUAUGUAACGAUGUUUUAAGCUUUGUCCAUGCUAGCUUUCGCCCCAAGAUAGUCGAUAUAUCCUAGUGGAAUGCAUCUCA